ACAAGAAAAUUUGUAUAGGAAAACACAAUAAACCAAUUUUAGUGACCAGAUGAUACCUUAAACCUUACGUUGGCCAAUUUCGGACAUUUACCAAAAAUAACAUAAACUUUCGAGAAAAGAAAAACAAAACUGAAAAACGACAACUCAAAUAGAUCUAUCAACUAUCUUUUCCAUAAGCAGAAAUAAAACAAAAAAAUAAAAAAUAAUUAAAAAAAAAAACAAAAAAGGUUGACUUGGUAAAAGCUGCAGUGCAAGCCAUAAAAACCACAGCUACUCAACUCCUCUAACAAAUGUGUCUUCACUUCAAUUCAACUAACAACCGACUCACUGCUCCCAAAUCAUAACCAAGAUUAGUGCGUGCUGAUUACGUGUGUUCUACUGUGUGUUUCCUACAUUCAUGUUUUCGUCUCCCAUAAUAAUGUCUCGAGAAUUCGACUUUUGAGUCUGGCAUUCUUUCCACACACGGCACCACCAAGACUCAACCAUCAUUGUCUUUAUCUAGAGAAGAAAUUUAAUGAGAGAAAGCUUGAAUGGUGGAAAAUUAAUGAAAACCACUCGGCGUUGAAGAAAAGUUUGCAUUCUUUGGUAUCUGUGGAGAGGUGGAUUUCUGCUAAAUCAAGAAAUUGUUUUUGGCACUGUGACCGUUUGACUGGAGUGAAGUACCGGUGAAACAUGACUACUCAAGGGAACGUACAAAUUCGAUUCGUUAAAUGCCCAAGGUGCCGGAAGAUUCUACCAGAGCUGCCAGAGCUUCCAAUGUACAAAUGUGGAGGGUGUGGUAUUACUCUCCAAGCUAAACGACGAAAUCCGGAGACUAACCACACUGAAUUACCCUCACAAGAAACAGAUCCUGCAGAAGAAGGUCAACAGGAUAAUGUUUCAGGAGAGAUGGAAGGCAGAAGCUCAAAUGCUGAUUUAACCGAUUCUCCAAAAGUUGAAUCUUCGCCAGAUGAAGGCGAGAUACGACGUCUAGAUUAUUUUGACAGCUCUGUGAAACUCUCUCACAACAGAGAUGCUCUCUCUGGUUCACCCGACAUUACUAGUCCUCGGGGUGAAGGUUUUUCCUCAGAAGUUCGAGCAUCUUUCAGAAACAACAGAAGUGCUGAAAGACAUCGAGGCAAAUCUGAAGAUGAGCAUGUCGACUCUGUGGAACUCUCUCACAACAGAGAUCCCUCUGACAGUCUUUCUAGUUCACCCGACAUGACUAGUCCUCAGAGUGAAGGUUUUUCCUCAGAAGUUCGACAAUCUUUCAGAAACAACCCGUUGGAUAGAAGUCCUGAAAGAUUUCGAGGCAAAUCUGAAGAUGAACGUGACAAAUCUGUGGAAGUCUCUCGCGAAAGAGGUGCCUCUGAUGGUCUUUCUGGGUGUGAAACUUCUCCCACCGAAGUUCAAGAAUCAUCGGAAAAAAUCCCUUUAGGCAGAAGCCCUCAAAAAUGUCAAAGCAAUUCUGAUGACCAUGAGGAAUGGACUGCCGGUUCAAACUCUUUGGAUGGACUACCUAGCUCAGGCGAGAUCAGUCUCGAGGCUGAAGCAUAUACCCGAGAAGCCAGUGAACAUGUAGAGCAAAUGAAAGACGGAGAAUCAGUUGAUGGAGUUCAGAAUUUGUCUGAAUAUGAAGAUCAAGAGAGUGGCGUGCCCGAGAGGAUUGAUGAAAACAAUGCUGUACCAGAAAAUGAAGAAACGCCUCGGACCUUCUUAAACGAUCAAAAUAGAGAAUCUAGUGGCGAAAUUAAGCAUGUCGGACCAACUUCGCCUUCUGCAAUGAUUUCUCAUGAAAUCAGCAUUGCAUCGACAUCAGCUGAGGUAGUUGGUGAUGGAUCCAGAGGCCUUCCUGUUUCUAGAAGCCCGGGUACUGAAAGGAGCAUGAGUCCUAAAGCCAGUGCUCCGGUUCACGCUCCUAGGAGCCCCUCAAGAGGGAGUCUUGUGUCAUUCUACCUUACGACUGAUGAUGAACAGCUCGAUGGUUCUCCACGAGAAGUUGCCAGUACGUUUGAGAGAUUUAACUCUACAAAGAUGGCGACUGAUGAUGAACAGCUUGAUGGUUCUCCUAGAGAAGUUGCACGUACGUUUGAGAGAUUUAACUCUACAGACACACUUGGAAGUUCACAUCUCGGUGACCAUAGCUCCGAGCUCAACUUUAGGCAUGGACCCGCGGCUUUUUAUCAGAACAGCAGGAGCUACUAUGCUUAUGAUGGCAGUGAAUCAUCUUACGAUGGAAUUGAUGAUCAAGUCCGCGAACAUUUUUCACAUCCCUCGAGAAAGGCUAACGAUGUGGGACAUAUCCGAGCCAGAGAAAAGCUCAGAAAUGGUGGAUUUAGUGGGAACGUGGCAAAGAGUGAAGCUGAGAGGGCUUAUCGGGCAACUAGUCCCUUGAGCCGUGAAAUGCACAUCCCUUGGCACAGAGGUCAGAAUAGGACGAGACUCGAUUCACAAGGAGAAGUCUCGAGAGCGCCAUUCCCUUCGAGAGAUCACCCUGCUGGCCCCAGACCUCCAGUUCAUCGGCACAAUUUGCUUCCACCCCAUCCAGCUUUCAAGUUACCCGAAAAGUCUUCAUACUCGAAUCCAGAGAAAAUCGAUCUGUUGAGAACGGUACAUCAUCUGAAGGAUCAGCUUGAGAGGAUGCAAUUCAAUGCACUUCCUUACUUAGAAGCUGAAAGGGAAAUGUAUGCAGAUGUGAGCCAUUCAGGUCCAUGUAACAGACGAAGCGAUCGUGCCAAGGGUUAUGGUGAAAGAUACAACGAGCGAAGAAUGGCUUUCUCGGGCGAGGCUGCACAUUUUCGACACCAGGCUAGCUGCUCUUGUUUGCACUGCAAUCAGCAAGAUUGGCAAUACCGUAAAAAUGGCCAUCGUGCCAUCCACGCUGACCAUAACUGCUGCGGUAGCUCCAACUCCUCGAGCCCCCACCGUUACGCCACCUCUGAGCCCUCCUCAUGGGGCCGUGAGACAAAGCCUGAAAAUCAGAGGCUUGAUGAGAUCAGACGGUUGCACUUGAGGGAGAAAUACAAAGCAGCCAAGAGGCACCUCCGUCCCAUAGCUGGUGGAGCCCCGGUUAUCACUUGUUACCAUUGUUCACAACUGCUCCAGCUGCCAGUGGACUUUCUCCUAUUCAAGAAAAGGUAUCAUCAGCUGAUGUGCAAUGCUUGUGGGAAGGUUAUGAAGUUUUCGGUCGUAAAGGGAACUCAUCUCGUUCCAUACGUUGCUGAUGCCCGUGCACCUCCCCCUAGUGAGGCCGGUGACUACAGUGGUGGAAACAUCCAGAGAAAUAUGGAACCGGUGCCCCAAUCUAUCUCCUGCAAACAUGCUGAAUCUGUGUCGUACUCUGAUGAGUACGGGCGGUCGUUCUGUAGGAGCUGCUCCACGGAGGGAGAGGCCUCAGCUGCCAUACCUUCAAUUGAUCGAGCCAAGGGAGACUCGUACGACAGAAAGAUGUCGUCUGGAGGUGGUUAUUAUGAGGAUCGGAAGCUGAAAGGUGUCUCAAAGGAAGGCGUUGAAUCAGCUGGUCCUUCAUCAAGAACUGUGGCUUGGAGGAAUGCGACUACAUCGGUCUCAGAGAUAGAAGAGCUGCCGCCAUUGUCGAAUUCUCCACUGCAUCGGCUAAUGGGGUAUUCGACACCGAGCAAAGUGUUCAAACGAGGAUGAGUGUGGGCAGCAAUGUGAUGUGUUGUUUGUUGGUUAUAUUGCUAUAGUGUGUUUGAGUCAUACAAUCAUAUAUACUAGUAUAGUUAUGAAAUUGGAGGGAUUAUGUGUACAUGUUUGUCUCUAGUAUAUUGCAUUAUUUAUUUA